UGAGAAAGGGGGUGGAUAGCCGGCGGCCAGUUAGUACACACUGACAGACGAUGCAAACAGAGCCCACCACACUGAGGUUAAAGGCCCGUCACAUUUGACCUGUCCGAGCUAAAGUCAGCUACAGACCGUUAGCUCCACUGCAGCUGACCCGCCCAGAGUGUUAAAGUUGAGCUCUCAGUGACCCCCCAAAAAAUCUCACCAACAGACCAAUAACAACACAGACGAACUAUUUCCCCCCCCCCGACUCCCAUGCGGACUUUUUCCAGUGUUUCCACUUUGGAGACGGUUAACGUUAACGUUCUGUUACCGUUCAAGUCAAAGAGUCAACAAUGUUACUGCUGUCCGGUACAACCCGCCUACUCGGAAGAGGGAAAACUUUGCUCCGUGAUCCGGUUAAGAGCAUUUGCGUAAACAUGUCGUCGCCUUCGUCCUCUUCCUCUUCUCCUUCGGGUAAGAGACUGCGGGUUCUGGUUGAUAUGGACGGGGUUCUGGCGGAUUUCGAGGGAGGAUUCUUGAAGAAGUAUCGGGCCAGGUAUCCGGACGAGCCCUACAUCAGCCUGGAGGACAGGAGAGGGUUUUGGGUGUCGACGCAGUACGGGAAGCUAAGGAAUGACCUGUGUGAGAAAGCCAGUAGUAUCUGGCAGUCCAAGGACUUCUUCAUGGAGCUGGAGCCCCUGCCAGGAGCAAUAGAGGCCAUCAAGGAGAUGGCUAGGAUGGAUAACACAGAUGUCUUUAUUUGCACCAGCCCUAUAAAACAUUACACGCACUGUCCGUCUGAGAAGUAUGCCUGGGUAGAAAAGUAUUUGGGCCAUGACUUUCUGGAGCAGGUUAUCCUGACCAGAGACAAGACUGUGGUCUCCGGAGACCUCCUCAUAGACGACAAGCCCGACAUCUUGGGCGUGGAGCCCAAACCAACAUGGGAACACAUCCUGUUCACCGCCUGCCACAACAAGCACCAUUCCCUCAACAACGCUCAGCGGCGCCUGGUGUCUUGGUCAGAUGACUGGUGGGCCAUCUUGGACAGCAAAAGGCGGUGAGGAACUCCUGUAACUGCAAGCAGCAGCUUGGAUUCCUGGUGACUGCAGAGGGCGGAGGUCACUGCCAAGACACCAACAUGAUCACCACAACGCUGCCUGCCACUGUCUUAACAGAUAAAAAAUUAAGGUUAAAACAUCAGAGGGAGCACAAUCAGCCAAAUGGACAAUUUCAGGAAAUAUGUAGAGGUCAGCUGUUUAACACAAAGCACUCAAAGUUGGGAGAGGACAUUCACUUCUUUGACCACAAGGGGGCACUCUGAGACUGAGAGUGAAACAGGGUUUAAAACCACAUAUACGUCAGUUUAACUGCAAGAACUGUGACAACAAAACAAACACGAGGUCAAAAACAAUUCAAGCAAGUUUAAAAGGGCACAUUUAACUUGAUGCUAGCAGCUCUGUCUGCAUAUUUUUAGUUGUUUGUUGUUUUUUGCCCCUUAAUAUGGGUAUUUCUCUUAAUUUUUGAGCCACACGAGCAGUUUAUUCAGGGCAUCAGAGGUUCACAGUACUGUGGUUCAUUAAUGAGUCAACUGACUCUGAUUCACUCACAACACUACACUGAAAAUUUACAAAAAAAAUUCUCUCUAUAUGAAUUGCAAGGCACUGGCAAAUAUGUGCGAUACAUAAACAUAGCAACUUACAAAGGUACCUGUCUUUCAGAUGGUUCAUUUAUUCUCUUUUUUUCAGAGUGUGACAGCAUUGUUUCACUCAAACAUACAUAUAUAAACAGAUAUCUCUUAAGGUUUUUAAGAAAGCUGAUGUGGUUAUAUUGGUGCUUUUUUAACUUCUCUUUAUGUUUCAUAAUGAUCUAUGCAUCAAAACUAUCUCCUAUUCACAAUGAGAAAAAUACAAUUUUAGUUAAAGCUUGAAAUUGCACACACACUCGUAUAUGCAUGUUGCCAAAACCAUCACUAGUGUUAAAUAGAUUAGAAUCACAGUCACUUGAAAAUAAGAGCUGAAUAUGUUUACAUUAACAUAAAGGAAUAGUUUAUUAGGGGUUGGGUAUGAUGUUUAUUUAUUUUUUAAAUGAACCUAGAAGAAUCAUUUCUAGAUCUAAAAAUAAUCUUUAAAAAAUCCUAAUGAAAAAGAUGAUUUAUAUUGUUAGAAACUAGCUAUACUCUUUGGUUUUUAUUGCUUUCAUCACCUCACGUUUCAACAAUUUCUGGUGCAAUGUUAUUACCAUAACUGCACUAAAAUGAGAGAAUAUGAGUGCUGCUAUAUGUUAGAAUAUUCAUUAAAAGACAUAGUCUUUACUGCAGCUACUUAUAUGUACUGUAGGUCAUUUCUGAUUAAAGAAGUUGUGGCAAACGUCUCACUUCAUAUAAGCCUUGUCCUUUCUUACAUUUUCUCAUUUUAGCUCAUUUACAGUAAGCACGUUGUGUCAGAUUUAAACCAACUAUGAACUAGUAAUGACCUCAACAAUAAAAGCAUGUCACGAAAUAUGUCUGUGUUCGUUCACUAUACUCUGUCUGAAAUGUACUACUUCAAGCACACAUUUUAGUAAAUAACUAUAUUGUUUUACUUCACAGUCAGUCUGACAUCAAAUCCAUUUCUGGGUAUUUGUGGCAGAGCAGUUAUGAUUUUGUCUGUCACUGCUAAUGUGCUUUUUGGACAGAAAACGGUAGAUGCUGAACAUGUGUUAUGGAUGAUGUACUUAGUGCUGAGUGCUGUGUGUUAUUGUGCCUAGCUUAAUGUACUAAUUCAAACAUGCUUAUGUCUGUCCAUGUGGUGCUGUCUUUUAUUCCACACAUGCAAUUAAAGGUUC